CGUGAGGUGCGCAGAUCACUUCUGCUGCCCCGUUUGAGCCAUGAAGGAAACGUCAGUGGAUUUUCUGUCGUUGUUCUACUUGUAGUAGGCUAACUGUUUACAUGUUGUUCUUCAGUGGCUGCUGCUGCCUUGCUAUGUCUCGUUAUGCCUGAAGCUCUCCAUCGACCAACAUCGGAGUCUUCACCGCCAGGCGGAGAGCGGGACCCCUCGGCCAUGCCCAUCACAUCCACACUCCCGGGUCCAAAAAUACCCGAGCCUUCCACGGGACCACCAGCGUCACCGGCAGUUCUUCCCUUCCUCCCUGUACUCCCUCCAUGCAUCUCUUCUGGAGAGAAUCGCCAAGGUGGUGGCAGCUUGGCAACCUUCUUUGGUGGAGGCUUCCUCUACUGGAAGCAGUCUCCUGUUGAGCUGCACCUGCACACGGAAUCUGGGAUGGUAGAAGGGUCCUGACCAACACCUGCCACCUGUGGCCCAGAUGUUGGGCGUCCCCCAUCAGGCAGAUGACGGGGCUCUUCAGCUGAACCUCUUGCAAUUUUGCAAGGUUCUGUUUGCUUGCCUCAUCUCACUUUGUAACAUCAGGGCUCCAAGUCCUGUCUUCGGGGACGCUGCCUUGCUCCCGUGGCACAUGAGGACGCCAGCACCUCCCUGUGCAAUGACCAUAUUCCAGCUGGCGAGGGCCCUCUCGGUCCAUCAGUAUACGCUCUCAGCUUGAUCAUCUGUCUUUGCAUCGUCCUCAUCUGGAAUGGACACGCACCGAUUUUAACCAAGCACUAAAAUGAGCAUUCCGUGAGUAACAUGAGAGCCAAAAAGACCAGCAAGCAAAAAAUGGAUAACCUAUGAGAGCAGAAGGCAUAACAAGGAAGCAGCAGCAGAAGCUCACUGAAAAAACAAAAGGCAAACAGUUGGCCUCCUAAAAGUAUAAAAACGGCAACGUGCAGAACAUCCACAAAAGUCACCGUCAUUGCAUUCCUUCAUGGCUCAAACGGGGCAGCAGAAGUGAUCUGCACAUUUCGGGUGCCGGGGACACGCCAACAGAGUGAACAACAGACUUGCCUGCUUAAAAAGCAAGCUAAUUGGUGCCGCUGAUGCGUUCAAAGGCAUGCUGACUGUGGGACUCUUGCACUUCUAAUGUAAGCGGUGAAAUAAACCACUCCAUUACUCAUAGAGGUGGGUGGAACGAUCCCAAUGUCGACCUGAACGAUACAGUGGGCCAAACGAUGACCUGCAAGGAUGCAACGCUGUACCGGGGUGAUUGUGCACUGCACUGCGUGAUGUAGUAUGCAUGUUCACAUCGAAUGAAAACAUGAUCACAUUUUCACUUUUAUUUCAACUUUAUGCUACUAAAAUUAUAUUUUUCCUCACAUUACGAUGUUCUUGUAAAAUUGUGACCUUUGACCAUGAGCCUGAAAAUGGGGGUGCGGUUAAUACACGGGUGUGGUUUAUACGCGGUGCUUUUAUGGUAAUUUUACAAGAAUAAAAAAAAUUAAGGGAGUAAAGUCAUUAUAUUAACAGAAAAAAAUAGCACAAAGGUGAAAUAUUCUAGGAAAAAAGUUGUAAUAUAAGAAACAAACCAAACAAAGAAUUAAGUUGAAGUUUUAGGAAAAUCAGCUUGGGUGAAUGCUAUAAUGUUAUGAUAAUAAAGUCAAAAUAUUAUGAGAAUAAGUCAUAUUAGUAUGAGAAAAAUAUAUACAAAUAUAGAAAUAUUUGUAAAUCUAAAAAAAAACAGGCAAAAAGUAAUAUAAGGAGAAACAGUUCAUGAUGAUUAUAAUACGCUUUGUCACCGAUAAAAUGAAUGAAUAUAUUUUA